CCUUCGAGAGUCCUUCACCUAUGAAAUUCUCUUUGUGAAACGAACAUCCCCGUUCGGCUGUUUCUUUUUUUAAAUAUUUCCUGUGUGACGGCUGUGGAGCCAACGAGACAUACGUUCUGGCGUGGCACGUGCCAGAAAUAGACGUCUGUCUGUAUUCCUCCGCGUUGCAUGCUACGCGGGGGGUGCAACGACAUUUAAACGUUCUGGAUCAACUGGUGAAACACCCUCAGUUUGUUGGAAAGCGUUCACGAACGCGUCCACGGUUCCUUUUUCUCGUCGCUUGAAAUAUCCCGUUCGGUUUGCUCAGUUAUCUACAUUCAACGGUUAUUCGUUUGCGUUUCGUUGCCCUAAAGCCCUAAACAGUUGCAGCCCGUGUCUGGAGCCUCACCGAAGAUCACCCGUGUCCGAUCCAUUGGCUCAUGCUCUGUAACGAUGCGAAUGAAUCGCCGUUUAACCAAUUAGAGCGACCGAAUCAAGGAUCCGGGCGUGCUACGAGACGGUUCAAUGAACUUGUUAAUUGCCGAGACCCAACGGUUUGAUAACGGAUACUCUCGCGAAACCUUGGACGUCCUCGAGUGAAGGUUGAUCCGACGCAGGGCGCAACGAGGCCUCGAAAUCGCGCUAUUCAGUGGCUGAUAGAUAGAUCUUUGCGACGGCGGCCGUGAUGGGCAGGAACGGGGCGGGUCCGAUGAUCAGGAUGUCCUCCGCCAGCACCCACGCAUCUGGAGGUGUCGCGUGUUGCUUCUGCAGAUGUUGCACGUGCAUACACGUGGAAUUCCUCAAGACCAUGCCGGGAAUGUUGAAGCUUUGCGAAGCGGUAAUCAGUGGCCUGAUACAGAGCUUGUUAAUUAACUACGGUUUGAGAUACAGCACAACGAUCGGCUCGGCUUUCGAGGGGUCUUUGACCACAUCUUCGGCUUGUUUCCUGACCUCGGCGGUACUGCUUGCCUGCUACAUCGUGUCCGAAAAAUCGUACAAACUGAUCAGAUCGUCCCUUUUUGAAAUGAUGUUCAACGCUUUAGCCUCGUUCUUGUACUUGAGCUCAGCAUCGUAUUUGGCAUUCUCGACAAAGGUAUUUCUUUUACCGGAAUAUCACCUAAUACCAGGCUUCGACGUGUAUCCUGCAAUGACGGCCGCUUAUAUGUUGAGCGGCUUUGUUGGAGUAGUGCACGGUGCCGAUGCGUAUUUCUCCUACGUACAUUACAGAACCGGAAGAUAAAUGGGAUAAAAUACAAGAUUAACAAUAAGAAUCGGUCUCUAUUUAAGAAGAUUAAGCGAGCAAUGUAAUUCACUUUAAAUUGCAAGUCAUACGAAGGUAGAGACUCUGCAACAGGUAGUCGUCUACCGUACCUGUUUGCUUGCCUUGUUGGAACAAUUGACAAUGACUAACAACGUGUUCUAUUUCAUUACCAAUAACAUCUUCGAUUCCCUUAUGUUAAUAAUGCUUUGCAUAUUCGAAGGUCGAGGCGCUGCAAAGAUCAUUAUUUCCUUUGCACGUUGGAAUAUUUGUAACGCACGUGCGUUUUGAAAAUCACGUUGAAAACGUCGCCGUCGAUGGUACUUAUUUAAACAAUAUAAAACAAAAGCAAAUAUUUGGCGUUUUAUCUUUUCCAACCAUACAUAAUGCCACCGAUGCACUGUAAAAUUUACAAACAUUUGCAGCCUAUCUGCUUCAGAUACCAAAUUUCAAUGUUCUCGAAAAUUUUCUGCAAUCUUUCGCAAUUUUCUGUUUACGAAAUUCCUUGGGGAAUAAUGUUUACGGAAAGAAGUGUCGUACGGAUUUACAUACACGUCUCUUAAUUAUGUAAACACAGAUAAAUCAGUGUCGUAGGAUCUAUUCGAAAGGGAAUGGAACGAUUAGUACAGUACUCGAUAAAACCUUUAGUUUCUCAUACGAAAACACGAAUAAUUGAGGUAUCUUCAAAUAACAAAUAAAAAAUGAAUGAAAUUUUAUUGCGUACAAUUGUAAAAUCGCAAUUUGUCAAAUAUGCUUAAACUGUCUGUUAUUGAAUAAUUUUCCUCAAUCAAACAUAAUGCAGAACAGACGUCGAUUUUAAAAAUCUUUUUCUUUCUUUCGACCGGUGUUUGUUCAUGACUGUUUUAAAAGAACCUGAACGUUAUCGGGACGGAGUCACUCGAAAAAUAUUUAUAUUUAAAUUCUGGAAUUCGUACUAUUACAAUUAUUCAGUAUUAAGAAAUAUGAUCGAUAUACUUCUACUAAU